CCCCCCCUUAAAAACCACACUUUUUAAGAAUACAUAUCUGCAAAUAUCGCUCCAGGUUGCUUACUUAUCCCAGAUGGCCAAUUCCCUCAACGGCCGGAACCCAGGUGGCCGAGGAGGAAACCCCCGCAAAGGGCGUAUUCUGGGCUUUAUUGAUGCUAUUCAGGAUGCAGUUGGCCCCCCCAAGCAAGCAGCUGCUGAUCGCAGGACUGUAGAAAAAACUUGGAAAUUAAUGGAUAAAGUGGUGAGACUGUGUCAGAACCCCAAACUUCAGUUGAAAAACAGCCCACCUUAUAUACUUGACAUUUUACCAGAUACCUAUCAACACUUGCGACUUAUAUUGAGCAAGUAUGACGACAACCAGAAACUUGCACAACUCAGUGAAAAUGAAUAUUUUAAAAUCUAUAUUGACAGUCUCAUGAAAAAAUCAAAACGGGCUAUAAGACUUUUUAAAGAGGGGAAAGAGAGGAUGUAUGAAGAGCAAUCACAGGACAGGCGAAAUCUCACAAAGCUGUCCCUCAUCUUCAGUCACAUGCUUGCAGAAAUCAAGGCAAUCUUCCCUAAUGGUCAGUUCCAGGGUGACAACUUUCGUAUCACAAAAGCUGAUGCUGCAGAAUUCUGGAAGAAGUUUUUCGGUGAGAAAACCAUAGUGCCUUGGAAGGUGUUCCGUCAGUGUCUGCAUGAAGUGCAUCAGAUUAGUUCUGGUUUGGAAGCAAUGGCUUUGAAAUCUACUAUUGAUUUAACCUGCAAUGACUACAUUUCAGUCUUUGAAUUUGAUAUCUUCACCAGAUUAUUCCAGCCUUGGGGUUCAAUAUUAAGAAACUGGAACUUCCUAGCUGUAACGCAUCCUGGAUAUAUGGCAUUUCUGACUUACGAUGAAGUUAAAGCACGGUUACAAAAAUACAGCACCAAACCAGGAAGCUACAUUUUCAGAUUAAGCUGCACUCGACUAGGACAGUGGGCCAUUGGAUAUGUCACUGGCGAUGGAAAUAUAUUACAGACAAUACCUCAUAAUAAGCCUUUAUUUCAAGCUCUGAUUGAUGGCAGCCGGGAGGGAUUCUAUCUGUACCCAGAUGGAAGAAGUUAUAACCCUGAUCUUACAGGACUGUGUGAACCCACCCCACAUGAUCACAUAAAAGUUACACAGGAACAAUAUGAAUUGUACUGUGAAAUGGGUUCCACAUUCCAGCUUUGUAAAAUUUGUGCAGAAAAUGACAAAGAUGUGAAGAUUGAGCCUUGUGGGCAUCUGAUGUGCACAUCUUGCCUUACAGCAUGGCAGGAGUCUGAUGGUCAGGGGUGUCCUUUCUGCCGCUGUGAAAUCAAAGGAACUGAACCCAUAAUUGUGGACCCCUUUGAUCCCCGAGAUGAGAACUCAAGGUGCUGCAGCAUUAUGGAUAGUUUUGGUAUACCCAUGCUCGACUUGGAUGACGACGACGACAGAGAAGAAUCUUUAAUGAUGAAUCGAUUAGCUUCUGUGCGGAAGUGUACUGAAAGACAGAAUUCUCCAGUGACAUCUCCAGGAUCUUCUCCACUUGCACAAAGAAGAAAGCCACUUCCUGAACCCCUCCAAGGACCUCAUCUUAGCCUCCCACCAGUGCCUCCUCGAUUAGAUCUAAUUCAAAAGGGAGUUGCUCGAUCCCCUUGUGCCAGCCCUACUAGCUCACCAAAGUCUUCUCCAUGCAUGAUGAGGAAGCAAGACAAGCCUCUUCCUGCACCACCACCACCUGUACGAGAUCCUCCCCCACCUCCGCCAGAAAGACCCCCGCCCAUUCCACCAGAUAAUAGGUUAAGCAGACACUUGCAUCAUCCUGAAAGUGUGCCUUCCAGAGAUCAGCCUAUGCCACUCGAAGCCUGGUGCCCCAGAGAGGUGUGCGGAACAAAUAAUAUCGCAGGAUGUCGAAUAGUAGGAGGCGAUGGUUCUCCCAAACCUGGACUCACAGCAAGCUCAAAUAUUAAUGGACGGCACUGUCGAAUGGGUUCUGAUCCAGUAUUUCUGCGAAAACACAGACGCCAUGAUUUGCCUUCAGAAAGUGCCAAGAUAUUUUCAAAUGGCCAUCUAGGAAAUGAAGAAUAUGAUGUUCCACCUCGGCUCUCACCACCUCCUCCAGUUGCCUCAGUCUUGCCGAAUAUGAAGUCUCCUGUUCCUGUUAAAAAUUCCCUCCCUGAGAAACCAAGAGAAUGUUUAGAAGAAGAUGAAUACAAGAUUCCUUCAUCCCAUCCUGUUUCUUUGACUUCACAGUCACCUCAUUGUCAUAAUAUAAAGUCUCACAUUCGUGUAUGUGAGAAUGGAAUAAUUAGCGAAACACACAAUUCUGCCUCUGAGAUGAAAAGAUUGAAACAUCCAGAGAUGGGUGAUACCUUUGAGCCUACUGUUCCAGUACCUUUACCACCUGCACGACCUCCUUUGAGGGAAAACUUGAAACAUGGCUCAGUAGUCAACAGGACUCCCUCCGAUUAUGACCUGCUUGUGCACCCUCCAGGCGAAGAUGCAUCUGACAACCCGCCACCCUCACUUCCCCCUCCGCCACCCCCUGCACGCCACAGCCUCAUUGAGCAAUCAAAGCCACUCAUUGCAGGAGGCAGGCCUUUGUCAGGACACGAACUCUACCUUCCUCCUGCAGAUCUUUUCUUUGAUCCUGUAAAUGGCUUAGUUCCUUUACCUCCAGUUCGAAGAUUAACUGGUGAAAAUAUGAAAACCCACAGAACAUCCCAGGACUAUGACCAGCUUCCAUCUUGUUCAGAUGGUUCACAAGCACCAGCCAGACCUCCUAAACCACUUCCCCGCAGGACUGCUCCAGAAAUACACCAUAGGAAGGCACAUAACUCUGACACAUCUAUAGAAAAUGUUGAUGCAAAAAUUGCAAAACUUAUGGGAGAAGGCUAUUCCUUUGAAGAAGUGAAGCGGGCACUUGAAAUAGCCCAGAAUAACCUUGAUGUAGCACGGAGCAUUCUAAGAGAAUUUGCCUGCUUUCCUCCGACCAUUUCCCCACGUCUCAAUCUAUAGCAGUGUGGAAAACCUUGAAGCAAGCCUGUCCUUCAGAAGUUUGUGAGUGUGAACAUGAGAGCUAACAUGCAAGUGCAACACUGCGUGCAAGAGAGAGAUUAUUCUCUAGACAUUUUCAAAGAGUAGCGUUCCAGCAGUUUUUCGGGGGGGUGGGGACUGCUCCUUUCAAGACAUAAGUGGAUUUGAUCUUCUGUAUUUUUGCUAGCCAUACUUUUUUGAAUCAGGGUUGAACUGACAAAUAAUUUAAAGAAGUUUACUUCCCAUAAACUUUUAAUCUGUGAAAUGCUUUUUCGUGUUUACAAGGUGGUGAGUGACCAUUUUCAAGCUGAUAGUCCUCCUUUGUUCUUGUUCAUAUUUUCUACUCCUGUGUAGCAUUUCCAACUGUUUUUGUACUGACUUGCCCCAUCAACUAUAAGUCACUUAUUUCUUCUCUCCAUUUUUUUCUUUUAAAGAAGCUUUAAUCUCUUUUUUUCUUUUCUUUUGCAUUUUAGCAUCAAGCGAAUGCAAGGGGAAAUGUGGCCUUCACUACUGAUUUUUUCCCUACUGUUGUAUCUUUGCUAUUUAGAGAGAGAAAAUUGAAUGUGUAAUACAUUGUUUUGUCUUUGGUCUGCCUCUUGGAGGCCAUUUUGACUGCAACAGUGGGCAGCUUUUCUUUGACAUAUGGCCGAUAACUUUCAAGGUCUAGAUGGCUUCAAUUUUAAAAUAAAUUAAACGUUCACAAUAUUAAAUUGCAUGAUAUGAUAGUUUCCCUGAAAUGUAAAUUGUACCUGGAACAUAUACUAAAAAUCCAUUUGUAUGCA